CCGCAAAGCUCCUUUCCUUCGUUACAUCAUGAUGUAUCAGCAAGCUUCUUCACCUCUCCGCUACCAGUACGGAGGUACCGAGCGAAUAAUAGUAACCACCCCGAUAUCAUCAUCCAGAGAUCUCUAGCUAGACUAGCUAGGUCGGCUCCGCAAUUGCUGCUUGCUAUCGACGUUGCUUUGUGAAAAUCUUGUGGAAAGGAAGGUACGGAAGCUGUACAUGCAUCCGUGUCAAUAGCAACGCAAGGCCCCAAUCUAGACGAAACCAACUUGGGAAGGCUCAGCAAGAAAACUCGUCGCUUUUUCAGAACAACUUGAGGCAAGCACUUCGUCAGUGCCUCUAAUUGAGGCAAGAAGGCAAGAACCUCGGAUAGUAGAGCAGAAUGGAAUCGGAGGAAGGCAAGUCUGCGGCAGGUCUCCCUGCUUCGUCUUCUCUCAACGGUGGAGAGGAAGCAGAGGAAUUUGACAUAAUUGAGCAUGUGGUGCGACCGCGAAUAUCAAACACUACUGUGGGCAGCAACAGUGAAGCUGAAUUGGCCAAAACUGAGAGCACAAGCCAAGAAUUGAAGCUUGCUCCUGUUUCGUCUGCUGGAAACAGUUCCACUGCCAACGCAGAAACGAAACUACCAGAAGGCAUAUUGGAUACUAGUAGGCGGCCUACCCACCAGCUCAAGACAUCAAGUGACCACAGCCUAGUUCUAGACAGGGAUGAAAUUUCAAAACUAGCAGAAGCUCAAAGGUUUCUGCAACCACCUUCUGAUGAUCAGCCAAGAUACAAGGAAAAUAAAACCUCCGAGAUCCGUGACAAUUGCUCACUAGCCUCCCGUCAAGAAUGUGCACCUGGUGCCUACUUAGAAGCCCCUGGUAUGGAACGACAAAGAACUAGCGAGGCAAGGUAUUCUUGUUUAGGUGUUGCAGCGGCAGCAGAGGAAGGAGAUGCCAUGGCAAUGCAGAUCCGUGAAGAUGGCCCACCAACCCCCAGUCGUGAAUAUGCGCCUGGGGCCUACGCAGAAGCCCCUGGUAUGGAACGACAAAGAACUAGUGAGGCAAGGUUUUCUAGUUUAGGUGUUGCAGCGGCGGCAGAGGAAGGAGAUGCCGUGGCAGAGCAGAACUCACAAGAGGAACGCCCCGCUACCCAGAUGAACGCUCAAUUGUCCGUGCCACCACACAGUUCUUCCACAGGUUUCCAACCGCAUGGCACUACUGAUCCGUCCUACCGAUGGAGCCUAGCCAACAAUGUUUUGGCUCUUGAUCAAUCAAAUGUAUUGGCAGUGGCUGCGAUGGUGCCAGAGGAUCAGGGAGAUCUGCCACGGUAUCUGCCCCAGGCUGCAGAAUUUGACAUGGAUUCAUCCCUUCGGAGAAAAGAAAAGUUCAUGAAACAGUUUGCGGUUAAAACCAUGCUGGCGGCUGUUGCCUUUAUUGUACUCUUGAUCAUAACAUUGGUGAUUCUCAUUCCCAAUAACAAAGGAGCCAACACGGCAUCUACAAGGGAAGCCACACCAACCGCCAUGCCUUCACAAAUGCCCACAUCCUUUGACGGCUACAUCAUAAACAAUCUUGUGGGCACAUUGCCCCAAGAGCUCUACAUGAUGACAUCCCUUCAAUCACUGUCUGGUGUCUUCAACUCAUUAAAGGGUGAAAUCUCUACAUAUAUUGGGCAACUGACAGCACUGCACGGGCUUGCAUUCUCUGACAUCAAGGGCACUGGAGCAAUCCCCUCGGAAGUUGGGUUGUUGACCAACCUUCAAGUCUUUCAAUGUCGAAACUGUGGUUUUCAAGGACACAUUCCCAUGGACAUUUGGAGGCUGAGCAAUCUUUCUCAUCUAAUUUUGCCUGUGCACCCACAGUUGCAGGGCUCCAUCCCAGCAGAGAUUGGAAGGCUAUCCAUGUUGACGUUCCUUAUCCUUGAUCGGUGCAACCUUUCUGGUAGUAUUCCUUCGGAAAUUGGUCAGCUCAGGAAACUCGAUCUUUUCACAAUGAAUAGCAACAGGUUCACUGGUACACUUCCCACAGAAAUCGGUCUUCUUGCAAACAUACGCCUGUUGACGCCCAUGCUCAACCUGCUCCAUGGCACCAUCCCUUCAGAGUUAGGACAACUUACAUUAUUGACCACGCUAACACUUCGUGGCAACAAGUUUCACGGGACUGUUCCAAGUGAACUUGGACUCCUUACCAACCUUACAAUUACGCUCAACCUUAGUGGCAAUUCGCUUUCGGGAACCAUCCCAACAGAGCUUGGGGUCUUGUCAAGGCUUCAGGAGCUAGAAUUUCAAGGAAAUUGGUUGUUGUCUGGCCAAAUCCCCAGUGAACUGGGCCAACUUUCAUCUGUCGGCCAUCUUACGUUUGCCAAUAAUUCCAUUUCUGGCACGGUGCCAUUUGAGUUGUCUGCUCUUCGGUCGAUACUCCAUACAUUGACCUUGGAAGGGAACCCACUCUUAUCGGGUACGAUUCCUGAAGCUGUUUGCAACAUCAAUGGUACCUGUGUUGGAAAUGCAUGGGAUGAAUGUGAUAUGAUACAGGGUUUGUCGCUUGACUGUACCAGCCUCCUCUGUGGUUGUGAGUGUCCAUGCAAGAAUAGCACUAACCCAUAA